UUUAUAUUGUAGAAAAUGCGUAAAAGGUUAUAAAGAAAUCGGUGCUGGGAUUUGAGAAGGUACGUCCGUAGCUAGGACGCAGCAAUGGCAGACAAUAAUGCAGCAGGAAACUGGGCUUCCGUUCACGCCACCAUUCUGAUUUUGUGCUUUGCAAUUGCCUGCUGCUGCAAGGCAAAGGGCAUGUCGCAUGCACUUGUUGAUACUUUCCUGGGUGCUAACUUACGUCGGAUUACUUACGACAUUCGGCCUGGUCUUAACCAUGAGAAAGUCUUCAACGUAUUACACUUCGGUGCCAAUCCUGACGGUCGAAAAGAUAGCACCCAGCCGUUCAUAAGAGCAUGGCGUGCUGCAUGCGGCUUCAAGGGAAGGUCGAGUCUACUAAUCCCCGGAGGGACUUUCUUACUAUCUGAGAUUGUGUUUGCAGGGCCAUGCAGCGGCCCAUCUCCCACAAUAGUUCAAGUUAUAGGGACAUUAAAAGCAACAACGGAUAUCAGAGAAUACUCUUCCUCUGAAUGGGUCUUGUUUCAAUCCAUCAGUGGCUUGGUAAUUAAAGGAAGUGGGACUUUUGAUGGGCAGGGUGGUGCUGUUUGGAAAUACGACUGUAAGGAUAACAAAAACUGCGUCCAACUCCCAUCGAACAUUAAGUUCAACAAGGUCACCAAUGGAGUCCUGCAGGGCAUCACUUCCCUUAAUAGCAAAGGGGUUCACGUAUUCAUCACUCAAUGCGAGGACAUCAGGGUACACAACAUUCGUGUAAUUGCCCCCGGAGAUAGCCCCAACACUGAUGGCAUCCAUGUUAGCCAUUCCAACAACGUGCGAAUUGCUGAAACCAUCAUCCGCACUGGGGAUGAUUGCGUCUCUAUGAUCCAGGGAGCCACAAACGUCGCAAUCAACAAAUUAACCUGUGGACCUGGUCAUGGCAUUAGUGUGGGUAGCCUCGGCAAGUACCGUCACGAGGAGGAUGUGAGAGGCAUCGUUGUGAAAAAUUGCACCUUGUCUGGCACAGAUAAUGGGGUUAGAAUCAAAACAUGGCCAGGAUCUGAUUCAAGUUCAGCGUCUGGCAUGCUUUUCCAGGACAUCAUUAUGAACAAUGUGAAGAACCCCAUCAUUAUAGACCAGCGAUACUGCGAUAGAUCAAGCAAAUGCACGAAAGAGCCAUCGCGUGUAAGGAUCAGCAACGUUUAUUACGUAAACAUUAAGGGAACCUCAAGCUCAGCAGUGGCAGUGAAUCUGAUGUGCAGCAAGCAGUUUCCUUGCCAAGAUGUUCACUUCUACAACAUCGAUUUGAGGUACGAGCUGAAGGGAAUGGGUGCCAGUACUGCUACAUGUGCCAAUGCAGUAGUAAGGUAUGGUGGAAGACAAAACCCACCACCUUGCAAAUAGUGCAAGUUGAAACUUGAAAUUAAUUUAGGUGGAGUUGAAAUUGUGAAGCAGGUAGCAAUUUCGCAGAUCACUUAUCUGAUCGAUCGGUACGUAAAGUGAUUCCAAAUUGGAGGCUUAUAAUUAAGUGUGUUGGCCAUUAGGAGUACAUUUCUUUUUUACCCCAAUUAAUUGGUCUGAGACAUGAUUGGCACUAGAUUUGUGGGAACUGUUGGUAUCUGUUUCUUUUUACCAUUAUUUUCAAAUUUUGCAGAGAUCAUGUAUCAAGAUUAUCCUCUGUGACAUCCCCAAGAAAGACAAGAAAUUAACUUCAUUUUGGUUGUACUGUAAAUCACAAAUCAAUCUUCUAUUCAAUUGUACGUGAUUAUAUUAGAAAUUGAAACAAAAGCAAGACGUGAUCAAA